AUGACAUCAACGGGGGUCGAUGUGGAUAAACAAGCCAGCGAUACACCAAAAUGCACCCAAACGCACGACUUGACCUCAAACUUGCCCGCUGAAUGGAAGGAUGUCCCGGGGCAGCUUCAAUCCCCUAGACAGCACGAACACAAUGACUGCCUUGAUCUGCUUGGUUGGGAUUGGCAUGAUUCAGACGGUCCGCUGGACGGGCCUGAUGAUACAUCAAGUUUACUAAAUGAAAUACCAACAAGGGAUAUCUUAACGACAGGGUACCCACCCAACCAUGGCUCAAGUCAGGGUCAGAUGCCUUCGCCGCCCAGCGAUAGUGAUUCGAGCGAUACUGAAAGCACCGAAGAACUAAUAGAUCGCUUGUCAGAUCGUGUCGGGUCUCUUCAAAUCGGAUCAGAUGGCCAAAUUCGGUAUUACGGCCCCACAUCUAACUUCAACUUAGUCCACAUGCCUGCCCCGGACAACAUGACCGUACAUCGCACAGUUCGUAAUGAUGGCCAGGAGUACCUGGAUCGCCUGAAUAUCGGCAAAGAAGUACCAAACAGCAUCGAAGAGCACUUGGUCAACCUCUAUUUCACUUGGCAGGAUCCUGCGUCUCACGUGGUACAGCGUGACAUGUACGAAAGAGCACAAGUGCAGUGGCGAGACGGCAAGUUUGACACUCCAUAUUACUCUGAAGCACUCCGCAACUCAAUCUGCGCAUUAGGAGCCGCAUUCGAAUCACGCCACCAUCCUACCUUCGUUACAUUUCCCAAGUCCCUCUCAGACUUCUUUGCCGACAGAGCAAAAGCUUUACUAGAAAUUGAACUGGACUGUCCCACAGUUGCGACUGUUCAAGCCAUGGUAGUACUCAGAAUGGCCAUGCGCCUUGCAUUUGACUUGGCAUUGCAUGUUGAUAUGACACCAUAUGUGGAAAAAAGAUCUAUCAGCCAAGCUGAAGCUGAUCUACGCAAAACUGUAUUUUGGGGGGCAUACACCGUUGACCAUCUCUGGGGGUUUCAUUUGGGCCGACCCUUUCGGAUAAGCAUGGAAGGCGUUACCGUUGCGAAGCCUGGAAGUGUCAUAAGUGAUAAGCCUUCGGGGCAGUGGUCCUCUUAUACAUCGCUGGCGUCUCCGGGGAGCCCGAUGACGGACUAUUCAGAGGAUUUGAGUCGCCAACGAGCAUUGCUAUGCGAAAUUAUGGCCCCUCUCGGAUAUUCACUUUACGGGAGCCAAAAGAUCCCCUCGCCAAUUCUGCAAGAGAUGAAUGAAAGAACCGUAAAGGAACUAACAGACUGGAGAAGUGCGUUACCUUCGGUUCUUCAGGUGAAUUUAAAUGAUGCAGAUAAUUCAACGCCAUAUUUACCUCAUGUUUUACUAUUACAUAUGCAUUACUUUCAAGCAAUUAUUCAUGCUCACCGACCUUGGAUGUCAAAACACUACAUACAACCUCAGCCACCGCGAGGGCCGGGAUACAACCAUGCUCGAAAAGCAUGCAUUGAAGCAGCAGUAGCAAUAGCAAAACUCCUCCAACUUUACGAAGACAGAUACACUCUUCGACGGAUGAACAUACAGGGGGUUACAAUCACUUGCUCUGCGGCGUUGCUAUUGAUUUUUGCAACAGUAUCUCACAUCCCAUGGCCCGAAUAUGACAACUUGGCGGUACAAUUGGGAACGUGUUUCAGAGCACUCGACGAAUUUUCACCAUCAUGGGAAAAUGCGAAGAGAGCUCAUGAUUUUCUUGUCAUGCUUCAACGGCAGUGGGGGGUCCGAGCUAAGUCAAAUCGCACACGUCGACAGUCCACUGCGACUUGCUCGUCUCAAACUCCACGGAAACGACUACGCAAGGAUUCAGAAUCGGAUUUGGCUGCCAACGGCGACUCCCCUUCGUCAACCUCGCAACCAGUCAAGAAACAUCAGCACAACUGGGCGCAGUUUCAGCCGGCGACCGAAGCGAUGGGAGCAGAACUAGGAAUCGACCUAGAUUGGAUAUUUGCAGUAGAAACUAGCUCAGGGCCGGAGGAGCUUAUGGCAACUUGGGAGAUUUCAAACCUUACAUGA